AUGGAGGACGGAGAGGAGAAAGUAGACGUCAAGUUUAAGCGGUUGGAGUAUCUGCUCGGUCAGAGUAAGAUUUAUGCUUCUAUUCUGAUGCAAAAGAUGCAAAAGCAGGAAGAUGAUGCAAUUGAACAAGCUCAGGGAGACAAGGAACGCGCCGCCAAGAGAGAAGCUGCCGCAGAGAAAGCAGCGGAGGCAUCACAGCGAAAGAUUACGCGUGCUGCCGCUGGUCGAUCGUCGACGCCAGCACAAGGAACGCAGAAGAAAGAUGAGCUGACGUCCAAACGUCCCUCGACUCGAGCCAAGGCUAAGGGCAAGGCAGGCGGAGAUUUGAAAAUCUCACAAUUUUUCAAAAAGGAUGACCUCAAAGCUAAAGCUGGAAAUGAAUCGCUUGCUGAGGCCAUGGAAGAAGCCGCUGAGGAGAACAGUGUCAAGCCUUCUGCUAUCGGAAUGCAGGAUUUGCGCUCCGCUCGCCAGCCGGAGCUCGUUACAGGGGGAAACAUGCGGACCUACCAACUUGAGGGACUUGAUUGGCUCAUUUCGUUAUUCGAAAAUGGUCUCAAUGGAAUUCUUGCCGACGAAAUGGGCUUGGGAAAGACUGUUCAAACCAUUGCCUUUUUGGCGUUUCUUAGAAGUAAAGGAGUGAAUGCGCCCUUUCUUAUUGCCGGACCGUUGAGCACUUUGAGUAAUUGGGUUGAGGAGUUUGCCAAAUGGACACCUGAUAUUCCGGUCGUGCUAUACCAUGGGUCGAAGUCUGAACGAGAGGAAAUCCGACGCAAACAGCUUAAAGAUCCCCGGAGUCCCCAUUUCCCGGUCGUUUGCACAUCUUACGAAAUAUGCAUGAACGAUCAGAAGUUUCUGUCAAAGUAUGCUUGGAAAUUUAUUAUUAUCGACGAAGGGCAUCGUAUCAAGAACCUCAAUUGCCGCCUGAUUCGAGAACUAAAAUCCUACCACUCCGCCAACCGUCUACUCAUUACAGGCACGCCCCUUCAGAACAAUCUCUCCGAGUUAUGGUCAUUAUUGAAUUUUCUCAUGCCGGAUAUCUUUGAUGAGUUAUCCUCGUUUGAGAGCUGGUUCGACUUCUCCGAACUCAAGAAUAAGGAAGGGCACAAGCAGAUUCUUGUUGGAGAGCGGAAAUCCAGCUUGAUUGCUUCUCUGCAUGCAAUUCUCAAGCCAUUUCUGCUACGUCGGGUCAAGGCAGAUGUCGAGUCUUCGCUUCCCAAGAAACGGGAAUAUAUUCUCUACGCACCUCUAAGUGGCGCUCAGCGGGAAUUAUACCGCGAAAUUCUCGAGGGAAAUAGUAGAGCAUAUCUUGAGGAGAAGGCGGUGGAGCGAAUUAUGAGCAGCACCAACAACCCCAAAAGUAUGAGAAGUCACAGUCUGAAGAGAAAAAUUGACAGCAGCGUGUCGACCCCAAACAAGAGCGUCAAAUCAAGCAGAGAGUCUUCCCCUUCCAGUGUGCGAACAACAAGGAGCGGAAACAAGAAGCAUAGCUACAAAGAAAUCAGCGACCGCGAAUUCUUCAAGCAGCUUGAUCAAGAAGAGAACGACGAGGAGGAGCCUGAUUCGGAGGAGUUGGAAGAAAUUGAGCGUUCAAAGACUAUUGCCUUGGCCAAAAAGGAAAUUGCUAGCAAGAAGUUGCAAAACCCCAUCAUGCAACUUCGUCUCGCAUGCAAUAGUCCCCACAAUUUUUACUGGCCCUGGGAAAACGAUGCGGCUCCCGACUCCACUCUCAUCAGUGAAUCCGGAAAAAUGCUCCUCCUGGAACGCCUUCUCCCUGCACUCUUUGCCAGGGGCCACAAAGUCCUCGUCUUCUCACAAUUCAAAACCACUCUUAACAUUAUCGAAGAUUGGGCUCGUCUUAUCCAUAGCUGGAAUACCUGCCGUAUUGACGGCGCCGUCAAACAAGAAGACCGUCGCGCCCAGAUACAUGCGUUCAACUCGAAUCCCGGGUAUAAGCUCUUCCUUUUAAGUACCCGUGCGGGAGGGUUAGGCAUCAACCUUGCUGCCGCUGACACAGUCGUGCUUUUUGACUCGGAUUGGAAUCCACAGCAAGAUCUACAAGCUCAGGAUCGCGCACACCGGAUUGGCCAGACACGCCCAGUUAUAGUAUAUCGCCUUGCAACCAAGGGCACGGUUGAGCAGACACUGCUCGAAAAAGCAGAUGCGAAGCGCCGUCUCGAAAAGCUGGUUAUUCAAAAGGGCAAAUUUAAAAGCCUCAGCUCAGUCACACAGAACAAAGAAGAUUUUGAUGAAUUACAGAGGGUUCUCAUGCAGGAUGAUUUUGAAAAAUACGAGCUGAGCCAAAAUACGACUGCGGAAGGGAUCUUGAGCGAUAGAGAUUUGGAAAUUCUUACGGAUCGAUCAGAGGAGGCGUACGAGCGUGCACAAAAGGGCGUGCAAGAAGAGAAGACUGGCGAGGGAACUGUAUUCAAGACGGUGGAAACCAAGAAGGACGGUACUAAUGGUAUUCUGGAUGAAUUGAAGCGGUAG